AUGGAACAAAUUUUUAAGACUGAUUAUAAUUUUCCUGGUAAUAUAAUUGAUUUGACUGAUUCUCAGUAGGAACAUGAAGAGGAUUCAUUUUAAAACAAACCGCUUGAUGGACUUACAGAAAGGAUUUUAAGAAAACGAAACAAUAAUACUUUUCAUAAAUCUCUAUAUGUACAAUUAAUCUAAGAUCCUAUAUAUUAAAGCUGCAUUUAAAAUGAAUUCUUGUUUAUCAAACAUCUUGAAUCAUUAGGAAUUACAGACAUAUAUGAUUAUUUGAGAUAUUGCAAUAAACAUGGUCUUCUUAUCGAAGAUGAAGCAUAUAAAAGUAUUAUUAUUUUUUAUAUCUAUUAAAGGAAAUAAUCUUAAACCACCAUAAUAAAAAUAUAAUAUACAUUAAUGUAGAAUUAUACAUUAGAAAAACACAGAUUUCAAAAAUAUUUAACAAAUUUUGAGUGGUAUGAAAUAACUUAAAAAGACAAUGAAACUUGAAUAAAAAUGCAAAAAGAAUCUAAAUAUAGAGUUUUAUUCAACUAAUAAUGAUACAAACAAUAUUGUUAUACAUUAAACUAAAUAACAUCGAUAUAUUGCGCCAAAUAUUAUUAAUAAAAUGCUUUAUGAAGUAGAACCUUUAGAUUAAAAUAUUGAUGAAAACUUAAUUUAGUAUUGUUGGAAAUAAUAUAAAAGGUUUUAUAUUAAAUGUAGAACAGAGUAUGAUGCUCUAGUUAAUGGAUAUGAAAAUGAGUCAGAAAAUGAAUUUAAUGAAACUCAUCAAAUUGAUUAUGAUUAAAUAUCCCAUGAUUCUUUGGCUCCCUACUUUAAAGUUCCUCCUUACAAAAGAAAACCUUAAUAUAGAUCAAUGAAUUUGUCUUACUAAAUAUAACAUUUGAAAAUUAUUUAGUUAUCUGUUAUUUGA